UAAAUUCAUUAUUUCCCGUCGCGCUUCUCUUUUUUUUUCGUUCACUCCAUCCUAACGCGGAAGUCAGUGACGCACCGCUACACACAGCUGCUCAGCGGGGGCCAUGAAAUAAACACAACGUCGUCAUUCGGGGCCCAACACAGCGGGCAGAGCGGGCAAGGUGUCACGAUUCAGACCAUGAUGCCCUUUGCUCUGGCAGCUGGACAGGAAGUGUGUGUGUGAACGUCCCUGGUUGGCUCCGCUGGGAUGAACAUGCCGCUGCACCAAAUCUCUGUCAUCCCCCGUGAUGUCACCUCAUCGCGGGUGUCCGGCAGUGGGAAAGCCAAGGACAAGGACAAGGACAAGCAGAAUGAGAAGCCUCUGGGUCAUUCUGCAAGCAGGUCCAGCAAUAUAUCAAAGGCGGGGAGUCCGACUUCAGUCAACGCUCCUUGCAGUUUCUCCAGGACGUCGGUUUCUCCCUCCAGCCAGGACAUCUGCAGCUGUCAGGUUCAGGACUGUCAGAAGCAGACCGCAGUGGUUCUGUUGAACUCAAACGGUAAAACCUGUCGCGGUUCGGGAGGCCUGUCGGUCACCACUCUGUGCACAGACGCCCUGCCAGCCUCCAAGCACGCCAAGCAACGGGACUGGCUCUCCCUGCUACGCCCGCCCUCCGUCAACAUCCACCCCAGCGGGGCGCUCAGGUUCUCCGCGUCGCUCAAUGACGUGGGCCAACGCGUGGACAGUCUGUGUCGCGGGCUGCACUUCAUAGACCGCACCUGCUCCGAGGGAGAGCUGGAGCCCGAGCUCGCUCGGCCCAACGGCGAGCUGGCCGCGGCGCCCACGCGCCAGAUCCCCGAUCCGACCUCCUCGACAUGUACCCACCCCCACCCUGUCCCUGCCUGCAAAUACAUGCUGGGGACCCCCCCUGCUAGUGAUCUCCCAUCUGCCCCUGCCGUCAUCACCCCUCUUCCUCCUCCUCCUCCUCCCGCCAACAGCCUUCUCCGCCCUCAUCCCUCUCCGAGCGCCAACAUCCUCCGUCUCCUCCUCCCCUUCUCUCGAUCCUCUACCUCGGCCAGCCUGCAGUGCUCCGAGCUGGGCAGCUAUGCGUCACACCUCCACAUCACCAAGUCCUCCAGCGGCAUGCUGGAAGGCAGCGAGUCCGGGUUCCACGUCGAGGACCUACUGGGAGACGACGACGUGUUCGAGGAGGACCGACUCAGUGCGGCUCCGAUGAGAACGGGUUGGCCGGCCUCCCCUAAAACGGCCCCAGGGGACGGAACCGGACCUCUUUUUGCCCCCCUGUGCUUUAUGGAUGAGGAUGUCGACCUGGACUGCUGCCCAUCCCCUUUGUCAGAGAAAACAGCGCCACUCUCACCCUAUUCACUCUCUGGAGACUGGUGCAGGAUUUGUCACUGUGAGGGGGAUGAAGAGAGUCCACUGAUCACCCCGUGCCACUGCACGGGAAGCCUGCGCUUCGUCCACCAGUCCUGUCUUCAACAAUGGAUCAAGAGCUCUGACACUCGCUGCUGCGAGCUCUGUAAAUACGAGUUCAUCAUGGAGACCAAGCUCAAGCCACUGCGCAAGUGGGAGAAGCUACAGAUGACGGCGAGCGAGAGGAGGAAGAUCAUGUGUUCGGUCACCUUCCAUGUCAUCGCCAUCACCUGCGUGGUGUGGUCGCUCUACGUCCUCAUCGACAGGACAGCGGAGGAAAUCAAACAAGCCGGGAGGAUCCCAGGACUCCUGGAAUGGCCUUUCUGGACCAAACUUGUGGUGGUGGCCAUCGGCUUCACGGGUGGACUGGUCUUCAUGUACGUCCAGUGCAAAGUCUACAUACACCUAUGGAGGCGGCUCAAGGCUUACAACCGGGUCAUAUACGUCCAGAACCGGCCAGACACCUGUAAAAAGCUGAUACCGGAGAAGCCGCCCCUGAUGGAGCCCGGCGUGGAGAACAAGGAAGCUCUGGUGCCAACCCUGUCGGACACAAACUCCUCCCAGUACACGGAGACGGAGGACUACAGUAUGGACGUGCUCCAUGUCUGACCGCUCGGUACACGCCGUUGGUUAUCCUACUCCCACUUUACACAGUGAAGCUGUUGUGUGACUGAGGAACGAACACCCACUCCCCCUCACUCUGCUCCCAGACCCACCGUCCUCUUCGGGACCCCUUAUAUAUUCCAACACUUUGUCCAAGGAGAAAGCCGGACAAUGGCCAUCUCCUUCUGUCCACAUUCCUCCUAUCUUAUCCCUCCCCUCCCCCUCGCUGCCUCCACCUGCACCCUGGGUCCUCGUCUCCUUUCCUAGGACCGGACAGUCCUAUUUACUGACAUCUAUAAAUGUCUGGAGAGGCCUGGAGCGUACAACUUUACACACUCGCGUACACACACGCGUUUGUACACCUCUGGGAGAGCGGGACUGAGACAAAUGGACUCACAAACAGCCCUCGAGGUCUACACAUUUCUGAUGCGUGAUUUCUUUGCUUGUGGGUUUGUUAGAGUUGUUCGUUUUGACCUCCUGUGAGCCUUUGGGCUAAACUGCCGUGGAUCAGUAUGUAGCGCCACCCAUUGGAUCUCUGGAACAUUGCAGCUACUGCCGUCUCUUUUUGCUGUGGUCUGUCGGGCCCGGAGCUGGUCCGGAUCCUGCCAGACCUUGAUCUGGACAUGCAUUAAAGCACUUUUGUUUUUUUUAGUUGCCCCAACAAAUCCCCAUACUGUUGCCCCUGUUGGGUUCAUUGAUACAAGACUGUAUAUGUUGUACAUGCAGGAGAGCACAUUAGAACUUUAAACUCCUGUUUCAUUUGAUAUUUCUUUCUACACACAUCUACAUUUGUUUCAAGCCUCCUGUGGAUGACAAAAAAGGAAUUGGGGGGUUAAAAAAAUGGAAUCCUGCUUGAACAUCUGAGUGGUUUAUUCAAAUAUUAUCAUCAGACUCAACGUUCUAAUGCAGAUAAUGGAAAAUCCAGCCACAUGACUUCUGUACCCAACAAUGAUUUUUGUGAAGUCUUUGAGAAUGUAAACUUUGAAAAAACUAAAAAAAAAACUAGAAAAAAAAAACUAGAAAAAAGAAAAGAAAAGCAAGAUUUUUAUUUUUACUGGUCACGGGAAAUUUUCAUGUCUUGAGAAAAUUGUGAGAGCCUUUGGGCAUAAACGGCACCGCUCAUGUUUUUCUAUCAUGCAAAUGACACAGUAUUUAAAGUGUGCAGUUUUUAAUAUGCAGAUUUGUUUGCUUAGUCACAGGAAACGCCCUGGAAAAUCACAGCUGCUUAUUGUCAGUCAGGCCUCCAUCAUUCAGGCAGUGCAUUGAUUGAUCCCAAGUAGGUAGUUUGGAUCCAAAAGCAGGCAGAUUGUACUCUAUGUAUUUGGAUUUGAAGCUUUAAUUCAUUGCUGCUCAGCAGAACCCACAUUUACAAUGCAUCCCUUCAGUACAGUAACCAGUUCAGAGUGCGAGGUGAUUUCGUCCUUAUUGAGCGUUUCAGCCCAGCAGAGGUCUCUGUUUGAGUUUCUUACUUUUGCCAGACCUUUUUUUUUUUUUUUUUUUAAGCAUUUAUUCACAAUACUGCCAGCAUGUUGUCUCCUAUUCGCUGGAGUGUUUCUUCUCACAUCUGGCCUCAUGUUGCUCAAAUGAGACAAAUUGCUCCAACUUUUUGUUUUGUCAAUUUCCUAGAGGAAGCACAACGUAAAUACUUUCACGGAAUUAUUUCAACAUUCAUGGAGAUUUUUGUAUCAAGUGCAACAAUUUAGGUUGUUGCACUGAUGAACGACCAGAUGCAAUGCAUGCAUGCAUGCAUGCAUGCCCGUGAUAUGUACAGUAUGCAUCUCACCUGCUGGCGAGAAGCUGACGGUGCCGUAUGACGUAGGCAGAGGUUGGUAUCACAGGGCCAUGCGUUACGGGGCUUACACUCAUUGGAAGUGCUUUGUGUACUUUGUGUAUGUGGGAGCACAGUGACGCCGGGCUCAUGUUGAGCCUCACAGCCAUUCCAGCAACACGCACAUAAAAAAAGAACUGUCUUUGAUACAAAUGUACUGUCUGUGAACAACAAUGGUCCAACAACAUGUGUGACAAUUCCUGCUCAGCAGCAGCAAUAACCGAACUCCUUGCUUUUUUUUUUCUUCUUUUUUUGCAACAGUCUGUACCUGUGUAUACGCCCCAAGGUGACUUGAGUCUAAUCAUUUUAAUACAUAACAUGAGCAGAACGUUUUUUGUGCGUCAAGUUGGAUUAAGACCUACUAAUGAAAAGCUUCUCUGAAUCUUUGAUACCCGUGAGGCUCAGCGCAAAUAGACAGAUAAAAAGUGCAAUUACCCUUUUGUUGAUACUAUAUUCUAUAGUUAUGUAAUGGUGUUUAAUGUCCAGGUUGUCCUCUGGGUAUGAUUAUUUCUUCAUUUUGUGUUGUAUUUAUUUUUAAAAGAAAACAGUACAAUUUGUUCAUUUAAGUAAAAAGUUUCAUUAGUAAUUUUAUGCAACUUACACUUUUUCCCAGGCAUCAAUACCUAAACAUGACUUUUACACUCUUUGGCCGUCCAGAUAUUAGAGUUGCAAAAAUGUUGAUUGUGAAUACCUGCUCUGUUGUCUUACUUUAGAAAAAGCUUGAUGCAUUUCGUCCUAAAUGUAUGGAUAUAACCACAGAAUCACAUGUAAUUGUUUUCAAAUAGAAAACGAUUCGUUUCCUUGAGAUUAAGGGCAAAAGAUGCAGUUUUUUUUUUUUUUUUUUUUACUU